GGUUAGACAGCAGCUGCAUGGAUUGUUGAGUGUGGGUCGUCAAACAGCAACAUGACUCACCUGCUGCUCGCCACUUUGCUGCUGCAGAACCUGAGCCUCUCCAUCACGACUCAAGAGAUGCUCGUUCCACCUUCACAGGUGAUGUUUAAGUCUGCAGACUACAGACACGUUCUGCACUGGACUCCACCCACCAACAGCUCCUCACUGCAUUAUGAUGUCCAGUGGAAGAUUUACGGCGAGCCCGUGUGGUUGGAUGUCGAGGGCUGUCAGGGGAUCCAGAAGCACCACUGUGACCUCAGCAGAGUCACCAAGUACAUUCGGGAGUGGUACUAUGCUCGAGUGAGGGCCUCCUCUGGGUGCUCCUGCAGCAAAUCCUCCUGGGCACUGUCCCCCAGAUUCAGCCCAUGCUGGGACACCCAGAUCAGCCCCCCCUCACUGAAGCUAAACACCACCAAGCAAGGCAUCGUGGUCCACGUGAAACCAUCUCGAGUGUUGGCCCGCAACCUACAUAAGCAACACAGUCUGCUGUACAACAUCUACACCAUCCAUGCCAAUGGAAGUGAGGACGUCUCUGAGAUCACCUCUAAUGAGAGGACUCUGACCAAGCUGGACCCCAAUACCAAAUACUGCUUCCAGGCCCAGGUCGUCAUCCCAAGACUUUUUUUCAAGAGCAGCCUCCGCAGCUCCACUAAAUGCACCACGACGCCUUGACCCGUGCAGAUGCACCGAUUUACCCAUCACUACAGCUUUAAUCUCCCUCACUACCUCGACGGCUGCAGCCUCUGCUUAGAAAAAGGAUGCAGUUAUUGAAUCUCUUGCUGAUUCUGGGAAUUUUCUCAAGUAAAUGUAGACAAAAUAAUCUAAAUGCAAAGGUUGCUGGCAGACUUUAAGCAUAUUUGCUGAUAAUGACUGAAGUGGUUUCCCUAGUGUUUUAGUUGUGAUUUUAUUUUAUGAUUUGUUUGGUAGCCUUUAGGAGUAGAACCUUUUAUUUUAUUUAUUCACAAUUUUACUAUGUUUAUGGUACAUUUCAUGUUUAAAAUGUGUUUUAGCUACUUAGCAAUAUUAGCUCAGGGGCGUGUCCAGGGAGUGGCCUGGGGUUGCGAAUGCCACCCUUGGAAUCUGAUUGGCCACCCCAGGUGCCACCACACUGAAUUCCCUUUAAAUGGGCUUUUCAUUGUCCACAAAAGGCUUGAGGUAAAAAAAAAAAAGGCAUAACCAUUGGUGCCACCCAUGCACAAAGUAGUGCCUCACAUGGGCCACCCCAUUUUAAAAGAUCUGGACACGCCACUGUAUUAGCUAUGUUUAUCUUGUCUGUAUCUUAUACACUACUGAGUUUAAAUGUUUCAAAUCUUUCAGAAAGUUUUUCACACUGUGUUUAACCAUUUGUGUUUAAUUUCUGAGUUAUAAAAACCUUCAAAUAAAGACCUAAAAUGUAUCUGUUUAAACACAAACUGCAGUGGAUUUGUUGGUGCUUUAAAUUGAUCAGUACGCAGUUCAAAUUAUGUUAACGAGGCAUAACUGCAAUUAGGAAAAAUUAGAUUUAAAUAUUAAUUUUACAACUUGCUGAAUGAGAUGCUACUUUAAUAGUUUUUUAUGGUUUGUAUUAGACAGUAAAUUUGAUUCCUUAACUCCUUAAAACCCACGGACCCGGUACCGGGUCCGGAUUUGGUUUCGGUUUUAAAGUUGUUCAAAAACCACACUUAAUAUUCACCAAUAUAAGCAAACUACACACGCACAAAACGGGAAGAAGCUAGUCUAAACAAUGAAGACACUGUUUUCCACCUCAGCAACACCUAUUUCACACACUGAGCCUUUAAAUCAACUGGAAGUUUAAAAAACAAAACACUGACUUUGCAUAUAUCAAGCAAGGCCUGAGGAAAACACACAAUAGCGACAAUACAAUUCUAUCCAGAAAGCCAGCCACUCAAAAUAAAGCCAAGAUUCUCUUCUUUCAAACAAUAUAAGUCUCAUUUCUGUACCAUAAAAACUCACAAAGCCAGCUGCGAUCAAACAGAGACCAACAUAGCUCCUUUUCGACAGUCAGCAGUAGGGAUGAGCGAGGACACCACUAUCUGUAUCUGUAUGUGUAUCUGUUCAACCAACUAAAUUAUCUGUAUCUGUAUCUGUACUCGGAAUGGGCGUGGCAUAACCCGGAAGUGGGCGUGGUUUACAUCAAUAUAUUAUUUUAAGUCUGAAAUUAAUAUGGAUUGAUCAGAAGUUGCUAAGUGUAUUGUUUAUUUGAAAACUAUUUACAGAGCAGCCUCAGAAUUGAGA